AGCUGCACUGGGAGACCCGAGUGGGAAAUGCGAGGCAGGAAAGCGAGAGGCCUUGGUCUCCCCGCUGACUUGGGCAGUCUUUGCCAGAGUCCGGCAAAAGAAGAACGUGAUUCUUUGGCAAUGUUGGAGCUCAAAGUGAAGAUGGAAGAACAAAACUUUUCUGGCCCUGAAUUAGGAAAAUCCCAGGGUGAAAACAACCCCAGCGCAGCUGUACAGAGCCAGCGCUUCCAGCAUUUCUGCUACCACCAGGCCAACGGACCCCGAGAGGUUUGCAGCCGACUCCACCAUCUCUGCCGCCAGUGGCUGAAGCCAGAGCAACACACCAAGACUCAGAUGCUGGACCUGGUGAUCCUGGAGCAGUUCUUGACUGUCCUUCCCCCAGAGAUGGAGACCUGGGUGAGAGAAUGUGGUCUGGAGACCAGUUCCCAGGCAGUGGCCGUGGUAGAAGGUUUCCUCCUGAGCCAGGCAGUGGACAAGAAGCAGAAAGAGCAGCAGGCCUCGGUCUCUCCCCUGACUUGGUCAGUCUUUCCCUUAAGGCAGAAUCCGGCUGAAGAAGAAAGCGAUCCUCCGUCCAUGUUGGAGCCUGCCUUGGAGCACAAAAUGAAGACAGAAGGACAAGACCUCGCUGGCUCUGAGUUAGGAAAACGCCCUCAUACCAUUCAGGUUGUGAACAGUGGGGAAUUCUGGGGGGAAACCAUGCAGAAGGUCCAGGGUACCCUCAAUCCAGAUGCAAAGGUCAAAGGUUCAAGCAAAGGUCAAAGCAAAGGUCAAAGGUUCAAGCGCUUUGGCUACCAUGAAGCCGAGGCCCCCCGAGAAGUUUGCAGCCAUCUCCGCAAUCUCUGCCGUCAGUGGCUGAAGCCAGAGCAACACACAAAACUCCAGAUCCUGGACCUGGUUGUCCUGGAGAAAUUCCUGACUGUCCUGCCCCCGGAGAUGGAGAGCUGGGUGAGGGAAUGUGGAGCAGAGACCAGUUCCCAGGCGGUGGCCCUGGCAGAAGGCUUCCUGCUGAGCCAGGCAGAGGACAAGAAGCAGGACCUGUUCGCCAAAAGGGCCACUGAUAUCUCCGAGGCACAGAAGGCUCCAUCAGGACCCAGUCAGAGGCCGCUGCUGGAGUGGAUCUUGCAGGAGGGUGACGGAGGGACUACUUCACUGGGAGAUGGACAAAGGAUGAGGAAAAUACGUGUCAGCUCAUCUCUUCAUUGCGAUCUGCUUGGAACAGUUUCUGGGAGACUGGAUCAGGUGACCUUUGAGGAGGUGGCUGUCCAUUUUAACCAAGGGGAGUGGGCACUGCUGGAUCCAGACCAAAGAGCCCUGCACAGAGAAGUCAUGGAAGAGAUUUGUGACAUCAUGGCCUCUCUGAGAGGCAGUGGGUGUGUCAGCGAGAAUGAAGGAGAAGCACGCAAGGCGUCAUUGGCAACAGCGAGAACUGACGCACAAAACCAUAGAAGGAAUGAAGCCCCUGCUUCCCAGGGCGGUGAUAGCUGCGAAAUCCCAGUCCAAGAAAUAAUAGACACCGAAAAGGAGAGAUGCAAUUGCCUUCGGUGCGGGAAUGGCCUAAGUUGUAAAUCAAGUCUUACUCCUAAUAGGGGAAUUCCCAUAGGGCACACAUCUUUCAAAUGCUGUGAGUGUGGAAAGACCUUCAUUCUGAAGAAAUAUCUGACUUCCCAUCAAAGAAUCCACACUGGGGAGAAACCAUUUAAAUGUUUAGAGUGUGGAAAGUGCUUCAGUUGGAGCUCACACCUGAAGACACACCAAAGAAUCCACACGGGAGAGAAACCAUUUAAAUGUUUGGAGUGUGGAAGGAGCUUCAGUCAGAGUGCAAGCCUUAUGUCACAUCGCAGAAUUCACACAGAAGAGAAACCAUUUAAAUGCUUGGAGUGUGGAAAGAGCUUCCAUCAGAGCUCACAAUUUAUUUCACACCAAAAAAAUCACACAAGGGAAAAACCAUUUAAAUGCUUAGAGUGCGGAAAGAGCUUCAGUUGGAACUCAUACCUUAUUUCACAUCAAAGAAUUCACACUGGGGAGAAACCAUUUAAAUGCUUGGAAUGUGGAAAGAGCUUCAGUCAGAGCUCAAGCCUUAUGUCACACCAAAGAAUUCACACUGGGGAGAAACCAUUUAAAUGCUUGGAAUGUGGAAAGAGCUUCAAUUGGAGUGGAAACCUAAUGACGCAUCAAAAAAAUCACACGAGAGAGAAACCAUUUAAAUGUUUGGACUGCGGAAAGAGCUUUAGUCAAAGUUCACAACUAAUGACACACCAAAAAUAUCACACAGGACACAAACCAUUUGAAUGCUCAGAGUGUGGAAAGGGCUUCAGUCAGAACUCAAACCUUAUUGCACACCAAAGAAUUCACAGUGGGGAGAAACCAUUUAAAUGCUUGCAGUGUGGAAAGAGCUUCAGUCAGAGCUCACAGCUUAUGAGACACCAAAGAAUCCACACAGGGGAGAAACCGUUUAAAUGCUCAGAGUGUGGAAAGAGCUUCAGUCAGAGCUCGCGCCUUGUGGCACACCAAAGAAUUCACACAGGAGAGAAACCAUUUAAAUGCUGUGAGUGUGGGAAAAGCUUCCAUCAGAACUCACAACUUAUUUCACACCAAAAAAAUCACAGAAGGAAAAGACCAUUUAAAUGCUUGGCGUGCGGAAAGAGCUUCCCUCGGAACUCAUGCCUUAUUUUACAUCAAAGAAUUCACACAGGAGAGAAACCAUUUAAAUGCUUAGAGUGUGGAAAGAGCUUCAGUCAUAACUCAAACCUUAUUCAACACCAAAGAAUUCACACCGGAGAGAAACCAUUUAAAUGCUUAGAGUGUGGAAAGCGCUUCCAUCAGAGUUCAUACCUUACUGCACACCAAAUAAUUCACACAGGGGAGAAACCAUUUAAAUGCUCAGAGUGCAGAAAGAGCUUCAAUUGGAGUGGAAACCUAAUGAGACACCAAAAAAAUCACACUAGAGAGAAACCAUUUAAAUGCUUGGAAUGUGGAAAGAACUUUAGCCAAAGUUCACAACUAAUGACACACCAAAAAUAUCACACAGCAGACAACUCAUUUAAAUGCUCAGAGUGUGGAAAGAGCUUCAGUCAUAACUCAAACCUUAUUCAACACCAAAGAAUUCACACCGGGGAGAAACCAUUUAAAUGCUUGGAGUGCGGAAAGAGCUUCCGUCAGAGUUCACACCUUACUGUACACCAAAGAAUUCACACAGGAGACAACCCGUUUAAAUGCUUGGAGUGCGGAAAGAGCUUCCAUCAGAGCUCAGAACGCAUUUCACACAUAAGAAAUCACAGAAGGGGAAAACCAUUUAAAUGCUUGCCGUGUGGAAAGCGCUUCCGUUGGAACUCAUGCCUUAUUCAACACCAAAGAAUUCACACAGGAGAGAAACCAUUUAAAUGCUUGGAGUGCGGAAAGAGCUUCCGUCAGAGUUCACACCUUACUGCACACCAAACAAUUCACACAGGAGACAACCCGUUUAAAUGCUUGGAGUGCGGAAAGAGCUUCCAUCAGAGUUCACACCUUACUGCACACCAAAUAAUUCACACAGGAGACAACGUGUUUAAAUGCUCCGAGUGUGGAAAGAGCUUCAAUUGGAGAGCAAGCCUAAUGAGACACCAAAAUAAUCACAUGAAACCAUUCAAAUGCUUGGAGUGUGGAAAAAGCUUCAGUCAGAAGUCAACCCUUAUUGGACACCAAAAAAUUCACACAGGGGAGAAACCAUUUAAAUGUUUGGAGUGCGGAAAGAGCUUCCGUUGGCGCCCGUACUUUAUUUUACACCAAAGAAUUCACAUGAAGGAGAACUCAUUUAAAUGUUCAGAGUGUGGAAAGAUCUAUACAAGGAGAUGCUUCCUUAUUUCACAUCAAAAGAAAUGUCACACAGCGGGCAGUGGUAGCGUCGCCAAACGGGAACGGCAGCUUAGGGCCAUAGCUCCACGCCCCAUAAUAACUGUAAAAGCACAAGACAUUCGUCAAAAUCCUGGGAAUCAACAUCAGUUAAUGCAAACCCCUAAGACGUGCAACAGGAAACUACUGGCAUACGGGAGAGAGAUUGAAAAUAGUAUUUUGGUGCCAGAAGGCACUCUGAUACUUCUGAACUGUCAGACGACAACCCAAGUGUGGUACCUGAACAAGUUCAUCACAGUGAAGCAGAAGCCAUAGGAUCCAUCAGAUCAGACCUUUUAAUAACAAACCCUGAGGUUACACGGUGAGCUACUAGGAACUUUCCCCAUUUGAACAAGGAACGCAUUGUUUCAGGCAUAUAUGAAAUAAUAUCCUUUAUAACACUAAACCUUAGCUGUUUACAGUUUUACAGUCAUUUGAUGAAAUGAUCUCAAAUGCAGUAUGACAGAUACAGAAUUGUCCUGUAUUUGUCAUAAAAACAACAACAACUAUGAGGUCAAUCUUGGCCAAAUUUCAGAAAAGUAGUCUUAAGUCUUAUUCUCAGGUGGCAUUUUGCCCCUAUUCAACUCAUCUGCAUCACAGGUGCAUCCUCUGGGACAUGUUGGUGAGGGUACAGGUAGGUAGGUACCUACUUCUGCCACGGUCUGGUAGUAUCUUGUACAAGCUUACAAACUGAAUCAGGUUUGAUUCCAAAACAAACAUUCAUUUUUAGGUCCCAACUUGCUUUGCUGAACAUUUUUGUGGCCAUGAAUAAUGACAAUCUCUAUAAAGACUCGAUUACUUCCUUGUUAGUAGCUGACUCGAAAUAGCCAAAAGAUGGAAAGACAGCACACGUAUCCCAAAGAAAUCAUGGUUCAGGAGACUAUGGGACACAGCCUUUGCAGAAAGGUUAUCCAAGAAGAUAAUUAUUCAGCGGUCCAGAGGACAGUUACACAUAGUGGUAUUUUGGUCUUUUUGGUAUAACUAUUCUGUAUGCGAGAAAUAACAGUGACACAGACCAAUUCCACCUUCCCACAGGAGUAUAUUGCAAAAUCAAUUUGGACGAUUUUCACAAAUGUCUCCCCUAGAUAGCAUGUAUAGUUGUAAGAUAACCUCUUCACAUGU